AUGCACAAAAACAUGCUGCGCUUAUCCGGUGAGCAGGAAAAAUCGUGGGCUCAUUGCUAUUUUCGAAUUUCCACAGUCUACAUUCAAACGUUCCUGAUCUCAAUGUUUUUCGGAUCUUUGGCUCUGUUAUUUUCCAGUCGCGAAUUUUAUGCUGAAAAUGAUAACUGGCUGCCCGAAUUUCAUGAGGAGAGGAAACUUUUGACCAAUAAUACAAGGAUUCAUAUUGAUGAGGUGGGUUUUGGGGCUGGAAAUGCUGAAAUUUGAAGAUUUUCAGCAUUUUCAGCGCAAAAUUUUAGUCUAGAAACAAUUUUUGGGAUUCUGGAAGGUCUAGUGAAAUUGUUUCGAUCCAUUUCAGAGAAGGUUCCAAUGCUUCAAAAUAUUCUUCUAGAUCAAAAUUUUGAGCUGGAAAAGUUGAAAGUGCUGAAAUUUGAAGAUUUUCAGCGUUUUCAGCGCAAAAUUUGAGUCUAGAAAAAUAUUUUCAGGGUUCCGGAAGCUCUAGUGAAAUUGUUUCGAUCCAUUUCAGAGAACUUUCGGGAUCCCGAAAAAAUGUCAGAAAACUUUUUCUAGAUCAAAAUUUCGCGCUGAAAACGCUGAAAAUGGUCAAUUCCAGCAUUUUCAGCGCAAAAUUUCAGUCUAGAAACAAUUUUUUGGAUUAUGGAAGGUUUAAUGAAAUUGUUUCGAUCCAUUUCAGAGAACUAUCGGGAACCCAAGAAAUGCCGGGAAAAUCGUUCUAGGCUGAAAUUUUGCGCUGAAAACGCUGAAAAUGGUCAUUUCCAGCAUUUUCAGCGCAAAAUUCUGAUCUAGAAAAAUAUUUUCAGGGUUCCGGAAGCUCUAGUGAAAUUGUUUCGAUCCAUUUCAGAGAAGUUUCAAAAAUCCUUGAAAACUUUUUCUAGAUCAAAAUUUUGCGCUGAAAACGCUGAAAAUCCCCAAAAUUCUUGAAUUUCAGCUGAUAGAGGCUAUAAAUCCUCUCAACUACCUGCACAAACUCCACGAUCGUCGUCUUCUUCGCUACAGUUUCGGCACCACCUUCUACAAUCACUGCAACAUUUUUCCCUAUCCAAAUUCGAUCAAUUUUCCAAGUUUGUUGCGGAAAUGCGCGUUCAACGCGUUGACGCAAGCUUGCCUCCGCGCCGCUGUUUUGAUUUCGAUGACUAUUCGAGUGAGUUAUGAGUUAUGGUGUAGGCGGUUAGAGGUUUGAAUGUGGAGUGAGAGGGCGAGGGUUCGAGGAAUGCUCGGGGCGAAAAUUUUUUUCUAGGCUUAAAUUUUGCGCUGAAAACGCUGGAAUUGUUAGUUUUCAGCAUUUCCAGCGUUUUCAGCUCAAAAUUUAAGCCUGGGAAACUUUUCUGACAUUUUUUAGGGCACCUGGGGGCUUUUUGAAAUGGAUCAAAACAAUUUCACUAGACUUUUCGGAACUCUGAAAAUUUUAUUCUAGACUGAAAUUUUGCGCUGAAAAUGCUGGAAUUGUCGAUUUUCAGCAUUUCCAGCGUCUCCAGCGCAAAAUUUUAGCCUAGAACAAUUUUCUGACAUUUUUUAGGGCACCUGGGGGCUUUUUGAAAUGGAUCAAAACAAUUUCACUAGACUUUCGGGAACCCAAAAAUCAUCUUCUAAGCUGAAAUUUUGCGCUGAAAAUGCUGGAAUUGUCAAUUUUCAGCAUUUCCAGCGUUUUCAGCGCAAAAUUUCAGCCUGGAAAAAUUUUCUGAGAUUUUUUAGGGUUCCGAAAACUGUUUCGAAAUGGAUCAAAACAAUUUCACUAGACUUUCGGGAACCCUGAAAAUAUUGUUCUAGGCUGAAAUUUUGCGCUGAAAAUGCUGGAAAUGGCUAUUUUUGAUGAUUUCCAGCGUUUCCAGCGUUUUCAGCGCAAAAUUUCAGCCUGGAAAAAUUUUCUGACAUUUUUUUGGGGCCCUGGGGGCUUUUUGAAAUGGAUCAAAACAAUUUCACUAGACUUUCGGGAACCCUGAAAAUAUUGUUCUAGGCUGAAAUUUUGCGCUGGAAAUGCUAAAAAUCAUUAUUUUCAGUAAUUUUCAGCGUUUUCAGCGCAAAAUUUCAGCCUGGAAAAAUUUUCUGAGAUUUUUGAGACUUCCGGAAAGGUCUUCAGAAUGGAUCAAAACAAUUUCACUAGACUUUCCGGAACCCAAAAAUCAUCUUCUAGGCUGAAAUUUCCAGCCAAAAACUCUGAAAUUUUCAGCUUUUCUCAAUAUUCUGUCAUCUAACCGACAUAAAAUCGCGUCAAACUCCAAAAGCCUCGUGGAAAUUGCAAAUUUUCUCGUGGAUUUGUGUGAUUUUCGACGCGACCACCUCGAUUUUUGCCAUGUUUGUCACAGUUUUACACGUGGAUCGUGACACGUCAAGUAAGCACACAUUUUGGCGCCAAAUUCUACAGUAGUUUUUGAAUUCAAAUUUUUUUCCUUUCCAGUGCAAUUUUUGGUCGAUCAUUCGCUCACUAUUUUUGCCAUGAGUUUUAUCAUUUCUUCAAGUUUGUAUUCGAUUUUGGAGCAUUUUGAUAAUUUGAAAAAAGUGAGUUCAGGGCUCAUUUUCAGAAAAAAUUACAGAUUUCUCGAUUUUCAGCACAAAAUUUUGACCUAGAACAAUUUUUGGCUGAAAAAAUUCAGGAAUUUUGAGAAAUAUGUUUUUUUUCGAAAAAAAAAAGUUUAUUGGCUGAAUUUGUGUGCUGAAAAUGUUGGAACUGAUGAAUUUCAGAGAUUUUCAGCAUUUCCAGCGUUUUCAGCGCAAAAUUUUGAUCUAGAACAAUUUUGGCCCGGGUUCAAACCCCGCUUGGAACUUUUCCCUUUUUUUUGUAUUAAAAAAGUUUCCCGGCUGAAAUUUUGUGCUGAAAAUGCUGGAACUGUUAGUUUUCCAAGAUUUUCAGCAUAUCCAGCGUUUUCAGCGCAAAAAUUCACCCCAGAAAACAAAAACCUUAAAAAAAAAUUAUUAGUUCCCACCGUGGCUCGAUCCCCCGACCUUCCACCCCGCAAAAAGUUUUCCAGAAAACCCGUUUUUUCGAGCGAAUCACCGCAGUUUUCCUCUUCGCCGCCGCAUUUCCGCUAGUUUUGACGCAACACAACGAUUUCCUCUUGAAUAAACCUUGCCAGGAGUACGGUAGGUGUACUGUAGGUUGUAUCAUACUGUAGAUUUGUUACAGUACCCAUUCAAAAUGCGAUCGCUGAAUAUGUUUGUAUUGUGGCGAUUUUGUUCUAUUAUUUUUCGUUGAUCGAUGAUUUUCGGUGGGUUACUGUAGGUUACUGUAGGCGGAAAAAUUUGAAAUUUUUGACUAAAAAUAUAUGAUGUUGUAUGUCAAACUGACCGGAAAAUUGAGCUGAAGCUAACCUGAGCAAUGAUUUUUUUUUCAAAGAAUUUUCCAGAAAUCUCGAAGUCGUUUUGUCCGGAGAAAUCGCCGAAACCAUGUGUUGCAUGGAUUUUGUCAACUUCAAAACCCGUACCGAAUACAAUCCGGCGAUUUUGUCGAAUUUUAAAGGCGCACGCGGGAAUACGGUAGAGCAAAAAACCCAGAUUUUUGUGUGGUAGUUCCGGAAAAAAUUGUAAAUAUGAAUUUGUGAUAAUAAAUAAAAGAUUCUAGUGGAAAAUUUAAAUUUUUGAAUUUACCGCGCGCGGGGGAAGAGAUGGCUCAGCAGGUAAGAGAUGAGAUUUCCAAAAUUACAGGCUCAGGUUCGAUUCCCCAUGAGAACUAAUUUUUUUUUGCAUUUUUGCGGUCAGAUCAACCUACAAACUUUGACGUACUUUGACUUUUUUGUGAACAAAAAAAGAAAAAAAAUUUUUUUUUCAUGAUAAAAAUUGCUUGGCCUGCAAAAAAAGGCAUUAAGUUGUAUUAUUUUUUUUGGAGAAACAAGAGUUUAGUUUUAUCGUUUGGACACAAAAUUGUGUGUGGAAAAUUUUUUUGUGGUCAAUACGAGGAUACUUUGGACCGAGUUUUUAAAGGGACAUGGGAUUUUUUGGGAAAUUUGGACAAAAAUAGGAUUACUGUACACACACGUUUUUCCCAUGCAAUGAAGAGUCAUGGUAAGCAGUGACAACGGUGUUUGCGGACAUGUGUUUGCACACAUUUUGUUCUCACACAUCUCUCGCACUCUCUCGUUUGCCGCGCUCUCUAUUUUUCAUUUUGAAAAAAAAAGAGGUACGGUAUCAAAGGCGCAUGUGUUUUUAAUUUCGAUUGGUCUCGCAGCGGAGGCUAACUUUCUUCCCAGGACCCCUAAAAAUUCCAAACAAAGUCAUUCGCACAGAUCUCGAUACGCUGAUUUUCGCUAUGUUUUUUGUUUUUGAUGAAGUGGGGGUAAUUACACCGCUAGGCGUUGCACCGUUUUUGUCGGAUGCGCGAUGAAAAUUGCACAACUUUCUUCUUUUUCAAACGUGUGUGUGUAGAUUAGAGAAAUAUGAUAGGUUUGAAAUAAUUAGCAAAAAUGAGUUAGAGUACUGUAGAUUAUUAAAGGAACAUGAAACUCAUUUGAAAUGAAAAUGAAAUUAAGAACAAAACUACGGUAGUUCAAAGGAACAUGAUUGGAUAGAGAAAAUCAAAAAUUCAGAAAUCUGGUUUUGAGAGGAAUUUCGCCAUUUAAAGGCUACUGUAGGAUCAUUAUUUUUUUGAUCUACAAAAUUUAAAAAGAACAAAUGAGUCAGGAUUACUGUAAAAAAAAGACUUUAAAGCUCGAAAUUCAAACUUUCAAAAACUACAGUAACCCUCGGAAAUACUGUAGAAAUUACUAAAUUACGGAGCAAAAUAUUGAUCUACGUACAAAAAUCUAUAAACAAAAUGGGAAAAACUAGGUGGGUUACUGUGGAAAACUUGAACAAAGUUUAAACAUGAUUUGGGUCUUACAGCGAUUUUACUCUUGAAGAAUGAAAUUUCUAUCAACUACAGUAACCCUUGAGAAGUACUGUGGGAUUUCUACAAAAUUGUGAAGAAAAACAUCGCGCGAAAUUCAAACUUCAACAAACUACAGUACCCCCCAAGGAGUACUGUACAUCCCGCGAAAAACGUGAUUUUCAAAAAAUUACUGUUAUUUUUUUCAAAAGUUUAUUGCCCUAUUUUCAUUCUUUAUUAUUAUCAAUUCACAAACUUGUUUUUUUCCAACUUUUUUCGGCUGAAAAUUUGGAACUACACUCUAGUUUCAGACAUUUUUGUCCUAAAUACUGAAAAAGGGUGUGUGGGUUACUGUAGUGCCCCCAAAAAAAAAUAGUUUUCCCCAUCAAUUUUUUUUGGCUGUGAAGAAAAGAUAAGGGACAAAUGGAAUUGUCAACGAAAAAAUGUUUUGCGGCGAAAAAUUAGGGUACUGUAGAUCGAUAGGGCUAGAAACCCAUUAAAAAUUUUCAGAAAAUGAAAAAUCUGCGUCUCUUACUCUCUAACUUGGCUAGACUAGAGAGCAUGUAGAGCUGAGAGACGCAGAGAAAUUCUAUAGAUUUUUUGGAUGCUCUCUAGUCUCUAGCUUCUCUGCAUCUCUAGCAUCUAUAUUUUCUCUGCGUCUCUACUCUCUAACUUGAAUUUCAAAUUUUAAAAAUUCAAAAAUCUUUUUGGCGAAAAAAAAUUGGACAAAAAGUCCAGCCGAAAAAAAUGUUUGAUCAAAUUUUUAUUGGACAAAUUUCUGAGAGAGAAGAUUCUACAGUAAACCACGAGGCUCCGCCCACUUUUUUUAUAUGACGUGGAAUUGGAAAAUUAUUGAUUUUUUGCGGAAUGAGAAGAAGAGAAGAAGAGACGCAGAGAAAUCAGAUGCGUCAGAGAGCACAGGAAUUUGUGAGAGACGCAGAGAAACAGGAGACGUUAGAGAGUGUAGGAUAACUAGAGACGCAGAAAAUGAUAUAGAGGAUGAAGUUGAUAGAGAUCCAGAGAAACCAGAGACGUUAGAGAGCACAGGAAUUUGAGAGAGACGCAGAGAAACUAGAGAAGUUAGAGAGCAUGAAGUUUAUAGAGAUCCAGAGAAACCAGAGGCGUUGGAGAGCAUAGGAAUUUGAGAGAGGCGCAGAGAAACUAGAGAAGUUAGAGAGUGUUGGAUAACUAGAGACGCAGAGAUACUAGAGAUUAGAGAGCAUAGAAUUUUUAGAGACGCAGAGAACUUCAAUACUUCUCUGCGUCUCUCUAAUUACUAUACUGUCUAGGAGAUAGGUUAGAGAGUAUAGGAAAACUAGAGACGCAGAGAAACGUGAGCUAGACCUUGUGAGAGGGCAUGGGAAAAUAAGAGACGCAGAGAAUAUCCUUAAAAUUUCUCUGCGUCUGUCUGAAAUCCCACACUCUCUAGCUAGGUAAAUAGCAUGGCUACUGGAGAGACGUAGAGAGCUCAUCAAAAGCUAGAGACGCAGAGAAAACUCCCAUAGCUUCUCUGCGUCUCCUCAAAUCCCUCCCAUGGAAACCUUAGCUACACAGUCUGUUAUCCCCCGUCACGUUUUCCUCGCCAAAUUCCAUAUUUCGACACCAAAAACCAGGGAGACACACGAUACGAUAAACAAAAAAUCAUUCAAUUUGAUAACACAUACACACAGUGUAUUCGGCUACCAACACAUAAAAAUACAGUCUAGUCCGGGCGUCAUCAACUAGAGUUUAGUUGGGGGGCGGGGCGUGGCGUCUUGACUCUCUACAGUUAGUUAUGUUUGAAAAUGCAUGGAGGGUAUAAAUACCCGAAUAUUGUGUAGUUAGUUGUAUUCUACAUAUAUUCUGGAGCUACAACUACAGUAUAAAGACAGGUUGGUUAGAGACGCAGAGGGGCUAGAGGCGGCAAGAGAGCGCGAGGAAUCUUAGAGAGCGCAGAGAAGCUAGAGACAGUUAGAGAGCAAUAGGUCUAAAGAAAGUGUAGAGAAGCUAGACGCAGAGAAAGCCAGAGUGCAGAGAAGCUAGAGACAGCUAGAGAGCCUUAGAGAGCUCCAGAGAAGCUAGAGAUGCUAGAGAGCCCAGAGAACCUAGAGAGACUAGAGAGCCCAGAGAACAUAGAGAGUGUAGAGAAGCUAGACAACUAAAGACAGCUAGAGAUCACUAGAUCUGAAGAGAGUGCAGAGAAGCUUGGCGCAAAGAAACCCAGAGUGCAGAAAAGCUAGACAACUAGAGACAGCUAGAGAGAACUAGACCUGAAGAGAGUGCAGAGAAACUAUAGAGAGCUAGAGGGGCUAGAGAAGCUGGAGGAGCUAUAGAAGCUAGAGACAGCUAGAGAGCACGAAAAAAUGGAGAGACGCAGAGAAACCCAGAGUGCAGAAAAGCUAGAGACAGUCAGAAAACACAAGGAACGAAGAGAGCGCAGACAAGCUAGACAGAGUCUAGAGAGCUAUAGAGACGCAGACAUACCAGAGGCAGCUAGAGAGAACGAGGAACCUCAGAGAGCCUAGAGACGCUAGAGAAGCUAGAGAGCACGAGAAACGAAGAGGGUGUAGAGAGGCGCAGAGAAUCUAGAGAGGCUAGAGAAGCUAGAGACCGCUAGAGAGCACGAGGAACCUCAGAGAGCGCAGACAAGCUAGACAGCUAGAAGGUCCAGGAGAUGAUAGAGACGCAGACAUACCAGAGACAGCUAGAGAUCACGAGGAGCGCAGAGAAACCAGACAAAAUCCACAUUUUCUUCCAGAAAAUGCUCGAAUCAGCCUACCAAAAAGUGUACGAUUAUUUCGAUGGUGAUCAUUUCAUGAUAUAGUAAGUUACUUUGAUUUAUCAUGUGUUUUUUGCUACGCGUAGCAAAAAAUUGGAAAAAUAAUCGGGGUGAAACUGAUUUGUGUGUCUUAUGCUAUCAAAUCAAAUUAAAUUCGGGGAGAAUGAUAGUGAUCUUUGAAAAAAACGAGUUUUUGACGGCUUCUUGGCGCCUAGAUCUGAUUUUUGCGCUGAAAAUGCUGGAAUGAUCAGUUUUCAGUGAUCUUCAGCAUUUCCAGGAGUUUCAGCGCAAAAUUUCGAUCUAGAAACCUUUAAUUAUGAAAAAGUGACCACCCCCCUGGCUGUACAGGGGGGUGGUACCUUUUUUCAUAAAUAAUAGCUUGGAAGCUGAAAUUCCAAAUUUCUAGAUCGGAAUUUUGCGCUGAAAAUGCUGGAAUUAUCAGUUUUCAGUGAUUUUCAGCUAUUCCAGGAGUUUCAGCGCAAAAUUUUGACCCAGAAACCUUUGAUUAUGAAAAAGUGACCCCCCCCCCCUGGCUUUACAGGGGGUGAUACCUUUUUUCAUAAAUAAUAGCUUGGAAGCUGAAAUUCCAAGUUUCUAGAUCGGAAUUUUGCGCUGAAAAUGCUGGAAUUAUCAGUUUUCAGUGAUUUUCAGCAUUUCCAGGAGUUUCAGCGCAAAAUUUCGAUCUAGAAACUUUGUCUGGACAAAAAAAGUAGUUACCAUGUGGAAUUGAUCUCCCGACCUUCUGGGUACAAAAACGAAGAUUCUAGAUCAGAUUUUUGCGCUGAAAACGCUGGAAUUAUCAGUUUUCAGGUAUUUUCAGCUAUUCCAGGAGUUUCAGCGCAAAAUUUCAGUCUAGAAACUUGUUCUGGACAAAAAAAGUAGUUCCCAUGUGGACUCGAUCCCCCGACCUUGUGGGUAGAAAUUCCAAGUUUUCUAGACUGAAAUUUUGCGCUGAAAACGCUGGAAUUAUCAGUUUUCAGUGAUUUUCAGCAUUUCCAGGAGUUUCAGCGCAAAAUUUCAGUCUGGAAACUUCAAUUUUCGGCCCAAAAAAGCCCGUGAAAAAUUCCGGGCCCGAUCAAACUACACACAACUUUUUUUUUCCACCGUACAACCUUACACACACACACACACACAGAAAUAAAUUUGAUAAGCCAACUAAACGACCAAAGAGAGAUCAGGAUCACGGCGCACUCUGCGUCUCUCACCAUCACAUACACUCUCUGCCUCUCUUUCUCUAACUCUCUCAAUUUUUGCAGUGUUAUCGGUGGUACUGUAGUUGUCAACACGAUGUUUUGGAUCUUCAACACAUUUUUCAUUAUUAUUGAUAUGUUGGAUCCGGCCUGGGUUCAGCCGUACAAAAUUCAGGAUGAGAAAAAGGUACGGUACGGUAGUACAGUACUUUAAAGGGUCCUACAGUAACCCAAGGGAUUCUUACAGUACUCAGGGGUUCCUACAGUACCCUAGCUACAGUAACCUUUCCAGCCAACACUUUCCAAGUAUUUGUCAUCGCUCAAAACGAUUCUACCAAAUCAGAUUUUGGUCGGACCGCUAGUCACGGCAUUUUGGUACAUUCCUGCGAAAUAUCUUGGUGAGUAGAAAAAUGGCGCGAAAAUUCGGAUUUGGCGCGAAAUUUUGAUCUAGAGGUCGGGGGAUCGAGCCCCGGUGGGAACUUUUUUUUAAAAUUUUUUUUUGGAAAUUGAGGGGUUUUGGGUGGAUUUUAGUGCUGUAAACGCUGGAAAUCGAGGUUUUGAGGGAUUUUCAGCCAUUCCAAGAGUUUCAGUGCAAAAUUUCAGCCUGGGAACAUUUUUUUUCAAAAAAAAAAAAUUAGUUCCCAUGCGGCCUCGAUCCCCUGACCUUUUACUCAACGAUUAAGAAGGUCUAGAUCAAAAUUUUACGCUGAAAAUCAUGGUUUUCUGUGAUUUUCAGCAUUUCCACGAGUUUCAGCGCAAAAUUUCAGCCUAGCAACACUUUUUUCAAAAAAAAUAGUUCCCAUGCGGCCUCGAUCCCCUGACCUUUUACUCAGCGAUUAAGAAGUUCUAGAUACAAAUUUUGCGCUGGAAAUCAUGGUUUUCUGUGAUUUUCAGCAUUUCCACGAGUUUCAGCGCGAAAUUUUGACCCAGAAACCUUUAAUUAUGAAAAAGUGACCCCCCUGGCAUUACAGAGGGGGGGGGGGGGUACCUUUUUCCUAAAUAAUAGCUUUGAAGCUGAAAAUUCUACUUUUAGACCAGAUUUCUGCGCUGAAAAUACUGAAAAUCACGAUUUCCAUGAGUUUCAGCGCGAAAUUUCAGCAUGGAAACUUCUAGAUUCCUUCUGGAAGACUAAAAAUAGUAUAUUCCAGUGAAAAAUUUAUUUCCAGCACAGAAUUUUGCGCUGAAAACGCUGGAAAUCAUGAAUUUUCAAAAUUCCCAUGAUUUUCAGCACAAAAUUGCAGCCAAAAUCAAUUUUUCUUUCUCAAAAAAGAAAAGUCUAGACAAAAAUAGUCAGGCGCAUAUAAAAUAAAGGUGAUAAGAGGGGAGAGAAAAGAAACUUGAUCAAGUUUCGGUCUUUGAUACAAAAAGUGAUAAGAGACAAUGUUUUCCGCAAGCUUCCGCGCUCUACCGCGCGGAUAACUAGAGAUGAGAGACGAAGUAUACAAAAAUCUAAUUUCCAGACAUCAGUUUUUCCGCUCCGCUUCCUUCCGGUGCGGAAAUCUUCCGCGACGUGUUAGUCUGCAUUUUGUUCGAAGAAAUUGGAUUUUAUUAUUCCCACCGACUUUUUCAUCAUCCCAAAAUCUAUAAGUAUAUUCAUAAGAAACAUCAUGAAUGGACUGCGCCUGUUUGUAAGUUUUUUGGCUGAAAUUUUGGCUGAAAAUGGGUGGGACCAUGAUUUUCAGCGUGAAAUUUUAGGCUAGAAACUUUUUGGGUCAAAAUAAAAAAAUUCGCACCCACCUGAAAUUGAUCCCCAGACCUUUUGAUUGGAAAAUUUCCAGUUUCCAGGCUGAAAUUCUGCGCUGAAACUCAUGGAAAUGCGGAAAAUCGUGAUUUCCAGCGUUUUCAGGGUGAAAAUCGGGCCUAGAAGUGGAAUUUUCAGCUUCCAAGCUAUUAUUUACGAAAAAGAUACCCCUCCCUGUAAUGCCAGGGGGGUCACUUUUUCAUAAUCAAAGGUUUCUGGGUCAAAAUUUCGCGCUGAAACUCGUGGAAAUGCUGAAAAUCACUGAAAUUCAAGAUUCCCAUGAGUUUCAGCACAAAAUUCUGUGCUAGAAGUAAAUUGUUCACGGGAAUAUGCUAUUUUUUUCUUCCAAAAGGAAUCUAGAAAUUUCCAGGAUGAAAUUCUGCGCUGAAACUCAUGGAAAUGCUGAAAAUCGUGAUUUCCAGCGUUUUCAGGGCAGAAAUCGGGUCUAGAAGUGGAAUUUUCAGCUUCCAAGCUAUUAUUUACGAAAAAAUGUACCUUCCCCUGUAAUGCCAGGGGGGGGUCACUUUUUCAUAAUCAAAAGUUUCUGGGUCAAAAUUUUGCGCUGAAACUGAUUUCCAGCUCCAAAACUGAAAAUUUCCAGCCAUCACCAGUAUUUACGCCCACCCAAUCGAACAUGCGCUAAGUAACCUGAGCCCAGUAAUGUUGGGCUCAAUAGUUUGUCGAAGUCACGUGGUAACUCUAUGGAUUUGGGCAACAAUUGCAGUUCUAUCAACAACAUUCUCACAUUCCGGUUAUCAUUUUCCAUUUAUGCCAAGUCCCGAACCGCAUGAUUAUCAUCACAAAGUUUUUAACGAGUGUUUUGGCUUGGGAUUAUUGGAUCGGUUACAUAAUACGGAUACGACUUUUAGGAAAUCGGUGGAGGGAAAACGCAGCUAUAUGAGCUUUAAAUUAACACCAAUCAAGCAAUUGCACCCAGCGGCUAAAUAA